AUGGGGGACUAUGGCGACACCAUGAUGCGCAACCAAAACGCUGCUCUUCAGGCCCGUACCAAAACUCAGAACCGCGCCAAUGAUUUGCAUCUCAAAAUGAUCGGCAAGAGUCAUCCAACUGGUUUGACACCGAACCUCCUCAAAUUAUUUGAGCCUCGCCCACCUUUGGAAUAUAAACCAUCUCCUGACAAGAGGAAAUGUCCACCAUAUACAGGUAUGGCACAGUUUGUUGGUAAAUUUGCUGAGCCUGGUGAUCCACAAUAUGCUGCUCCUGUGCUGAAAGGUGAAACCCCGGCUGAGCGAAGAGCUAGGAUUCACCAGAUGCGGCUGGAGGAAGGAGCUAAAAAGGCAGCACAGGACCUUGAGAAAUAUGAUACAAAUAGCGAUCCUAAUAUAUCUGGAAAUCCAUACAAAACAUUGUUUGUUGCUAGGCUUAAUUAUGAGACCAGUGAGAGCAGAGUCAAAAGGGAGUUUGAGGUAUAUGGUCCUAUUAAGCAGGUUCGCUUGGUUACCGAUCAGUCAAAUAAGCCAAGAGGUUAUGCUUUUAUUGAAUACGUGCAUACACGUGAUAUGAAAGCUGCAUAUAAACAAGCUGAUGGUAAGAAGAUUGAUGGUAAGAGGGUGCUUGUGGAUGUUGAACGUGGUAGAACUGUUCCGAACUGGCGACCCCGCAGGCUUGGUGGUGGUCUUGGAACAUCACGGGUUGGCAAUGAAGAAGUUAUCCAGAAGCAGGUACAGAGAGAGCAAGUUCAGUCUGGUGGGAUAUCUAGGUACGAGAAGCCAAGGGUUGAACGAGACAGGGACAGGGAGAAAUCCCGCAAUAGGGGAAAGGAGCGAGAGAGAGAACGAAAGAAGCCUCGGGAUCGGGACCACCGAGACGACAGGCACCACAGGGACCGCGAUCGAACCAGAGACUGCGGACGUGAUCGAGACCGUGGCUGGGACCAUGGCCGUGAGAGGGACCUCCCUCGGGAGAGGGGCAACCAGGAUUAUGAAACCGGGGCUCACGACCAUAAUUACUAUCGUGGACAAUCUCGUGGCCGUUCUCAAGACAGGGACUUUGAAUAUGAUGACGAGCGUGUUGACUCAAGGCGCGAGAGGGAUUAUGGUGAAAUGGCCGAGCAUGGUCAGCAUGACUACUAUGGGAAGCAAGGGAGGGGACAAUAUGAUUACAAUAGGAUGGGUGAUGAUUUUGAGUAUGGUUACGAGCGGGACGGGGUGCCUGAGUAG